GUGAGAAACAAUAGAAACAUCAAAGCGAACAUGCCCUUAAAAUUUCCAACUGCCCACGCACGCAGCGGCUGAUCGACGGGGCCGGCGAGUCACAUGGUUUGAAAACCGGAUUGUCCGUGUACAACAAAAAAUCUUAGCGUGAACACCGUUAGUAGACACUGUCUGUCUGGUUUCUCUCUCGUCCCUGCGACGACUUCUCAAUGGCUCUCCUCGCCAAGAACUCCUCUCGGCUAGCCCUAGUCUCGGCCCAGAGGGCAGCCGCUAUACACACGAACCUUCCGUCGCUGAGCCCCUCGUCGGCGCCGAUGCCGUACGGGCAAUCGCCUCCACCGGCGACGGCAACGGGGCUGCCGAAGGCGGCAGAGUACGUGAUCUCGAAGGUGGAUGCGCUGAUGAACUGGGCUCGCCGCGGCUCCAUCUGGCCCAUGACCUUCGGGCUGGCCUGCUGCGCAGUCGAAAUGAUGCACACCGGCGCUGCCCGAUACGAUCUCGACCGCUUCGGCAUCAUUUUCCGGCCCAGUCCAAGGCAAUCUGACUGCAUGAUCGUCGCUGGUACUCUCACAAACAAGAUGGCACCUGCUUUGCGCAAGGUUUAUGAUCAAAUGCCUGAGCCUAGGUGGGUCAUUUCAAUGGGAAGCUGUGCAAAUGGAGGUGGAUACUACCACUACUCAUACUCUGUAGUUCGAGGUUGUGACAGAAUCGUCCCAGUUGACAUUUAUGUUCCGGGCUGCCCACCAACAGCUGAGGCUUUGCUCUAUGGCCUUCUCCAAUUGCAGAAGAAGAUCAACAGGCGUAAGGAUUUCCUUCACUGGUGGACCAAAUGAGUCUCUUUCACCUGCAUGUGGCUGUUGUUGCUGUAUUCUUAAUGCAAACAUAAAGCCUGCUGCCAGUAGAUUUUCCCUCAGGAAGAGCCAUACCGAUUGGGGAGAUUUAUUUUACCCUUUGUAAGUUUGCUUUGUUUAAUUUGGCCAUAUAUGGUGUGUUAAACCUAUAUUUCAUGCUGCAACGCUGGUCUUCAGAGACAGCAGAUCCCUCGAACUUAUAAUUUCUUUGGUUUACAUGGACCCAUAUCCUCAUUCUGUAUUUUGUCUUCCCAUGGCAUCAUCACCUGAACCUGUUUGUGAUUUUGGCUGAAAUGUAAUAAAAAAAAAAAUGCUUACGUGUGCA